AGGGAUAAAGAGCGCACUACAAUUCAUUUUGUAAAUGUGCUUGGUAUUGCACCACUGAUUUUAAAUAAUGGGGUUCAAAUUCGCUUUUAUCCGCGGAGGUUUUGAAAUGUGCUGUUAAAUAUAUUUAAGAUUUUCUAUUGAGUGUUUUAUUAAUUACAGAGGAUUAAAAAAAUAAGAAUAUAAUAUUUAGUGUAUUGGUUGUUUAAAGUGUAUUGAUUAAUUUCAUUUUUCGCGUUGGGAGUCUCAUUUAAUUAUUAAAAAUCCGUAAUAUAAACCAGAAGUAAUGUUCAGACUCAUUAACUGUGAUUUUGAUUCUGAUCAUAAUAUACAAUGAAAAAAGCAAACUUCAUAAUUUGUGAAACUGGCGUGUUAUUUUUCUGAUUCUGAAAAAGGAACAGAAUCAUAUUCACGCCUUUUAAUUUGAAAGAAAUGAAAUUUUACGACAAACUGGUGGACAUUAUAAUUCUCCUCUUCAUCGUCAUAAUUUCUUCUACUGAUGCCAGUUGUUCAUUUCCUAGUGAGAUAUCAGGCGUAUGGUACAGCGCUCACAAAGGGGCGUUAACAUUUAACGAUACCCAUCUUACAGGGUAUCCUAUAUAUAUGUCUGUUGCAGUGCAGUCUUUAAACUUUUCAUGCGAAGAGAGUAGCGGGGAUUAUUAUAUGCUGAAAGCAACAGAAACAGCUUUUAUAUUCAACAAUGAUAUAAGAGCAUACUUGUGCCUGUACUUGAAAAGAAUAUCUGAAUAUAAAUAUUAUUAUCAGUUGGCUACAACUGUGGACCCUACAAAUAAUGAUCAUAUCAAAGGUACUUUAGAGGGUUCAACUGUAGUAAUGUCAGAUGUCUGUAAUAGGGCAACACCUUAUGAAGCUAGUACUUAUAUAGUAUUGGUUAAAGAUGGUUCCCCAGCUUCGGGAAUGGGUGAAGCCACAUGUUCCAACGCACUGUUGGCUAAUUACGGUUCUGUAUCAAUAACUGGUGCUUCCGGGACUUCUUGUACCAGCACAACGUUCGACGGAUGUACUGUCAAAACUGGACAUACUUAUACCUAUGACGGAGGAUGCUCUACAAUUCCAUUUUCAAGUAGUGGGAACUUUGUAUGUAUGAGAUCCGUUACUAGUAAUGGUUAUUCAUAUUUAUCUGUUUGGAACAACGACACCAGCGUUGCGACUGGAGACUAUCAGUUUUCUUGUCUAGUAGUAAGUCAAUCAUCAUCAGGACUAACUGCCUACGCUACAGAAGUACCUAAUUAUUGUUCCGAUACAACACAAACUUCAACAGCUCUUCCGUCUGGUGCAACAGAAGGGAAUAUCUAUGUGUUUUCAAGUCAGACGGAAUCCUGUGGUAAGUCUAAAUAUAUAUCUAGAUUCGUGAAUUCUCAGAUAUUUUUUUAUAUCUGAAUCAUUCAGAUACUGAAUAAACGACUUUUGAUUUGAAAUUUGAAUAUGCAUGUUAUCUUGUUUUAAAUCUAUUAAUGACAUAAUUGAUAUUAUAUCAGAAUAUCCAUGGUCACUCGAGUCUUUAAACCUGCACACAAAAAACACACGGUCUUGCCUUUCAAAGAUAUUUGUAUAUUUCAGGUAUGUUAGAGCUAUUUUACUUUUCAUAUUUGCAAGUUUAAAUUAUAUCUAUUCCGUUGUUACUCAUUUAGUUGUACAUGUGUCAUGUUGUCAUGUGACAUGUUAAAAAACGAUGUAUAUGCUGCGUUAAGAAAUCACUAGACUCUAUAAUAAUUAUUAGGAAAAUAACAUGCUUUUUUUAAAUAUUUGAUCGAGCCCGAUUUGGUGGUGAUACAUCUUAAAAAGCCUAUCCGAAUCAUUGUGCAAACAAUUCCACUCAAACCGGUGAUAGGGGCAAUCUUAAACUUUCAGUGAGGUGAGAUUUUUUUUUGCUCCGUGUUGAAGGCCUCAGUAGCACUUUUGAGAUGAAGAACAGCAAUAUAAGCGCUGUUCCUUGCUUUUUUGUGUCUUUUUUGCAGUGCAUGUACUGAUUGUGUGUCAUGGAUGGAUACCCCAUAUCCUUUGUUUUUCUAUUUUAUUUUAAAAAUGAAUAUAGUUAUAUAUCUUAAUAUUCUUUAAUAAUCUCAUUUCAGCAACUUCUGUUGAGGGGCAGUCAAAUGCAGUGUUUUAUGCUACCAUUUUUUUUGGAUCUCUAACAUUAAUUGCCGUCACGGUGUUUAUAGUUGUUCUGUUGAAAACAAAAGGAUGUCCAAAAUGCUGUUGUCCACCCUGUUCCUGUUGUCGCUCCUGUCCGUCAUGCCCAUCAUGUACCUGUUUCCGAUGUAAAUCUUGUAAAAGAAACAAAGUUGGAGAUAGUGGUGAGCACGAUCCGGAAUCUGGCGAAUUCCCACAGGAAGACGGUAGACCAGAUGACGUAGCGAAUACUAUAUUCAGAUUGCCACCAUUUGAUGCUUUCAAACCGAAAAGACCCAUACCAAUUGGCCCAGUUGUGGAGGCAAGUAUUAUGCCGUUGCCUAAGGUUGAGCCACUGUAUGCUAGAUAUACAGACAAUAGAAUAAAACGAACUGCUUCAAUGAGGUCCAUUGGGAGUAUUUUUAGUUUUAAAAUGAAGUUUUGAUAAAAGGAAACAUAUUUGGUGCGCUUUAAGGAACCAGUUUUAUUUGCAUUUUGUAUUCUGUUAUUAUAUAUAUUGCUUUAAUCUCAACUUAAGCCUAACUGUAUAUUCAUUGUGUUAUUCGACAAUGGCAUUUGUUUACAAUGUGUAAGGAUGCUUGCUUAUUACUCUAUGCAUUUAUUGGGUAACUCAUUAGUGUGCAACAAAAUAUUGCAUAGUAUGAGUUUUGGAUGGAGCCUAUCAGUUCGUUGAGUGACGUAGUUAAAAAGUGAUAACUUAUGAAAGGAUAUGAAUUGGCGUUCCUUUCUAAAUAAUUGAACUGAAUUCACCUUGCAAGAUAUUCUUUUACCGUUGAACGUAUAUUCAUAUGUUCUUUCUUUGACCUUUUAAAUAGAAAAGGAAUAUAUUCGAAAAAUAAAUGAUUUCAGGUUGUAAUGGUUAAUUACUUUUAGUUGAUUGUUAUUUGUUAUACAUUUGAGUUGUACAUUGUUGUAUUAUUAUUUUGAUUAUUAAAUAUUAUUUCUGA